GUAGCUGCUGGCGAGGAGGGGGACGGAGGGAGCACCUUGCUGUGCGUGUGAGUGUGCGCGCGUGUGCGAGUGCAUUUAUUCCCGACAUUCAGCGUGUGAGGAUGAACGGCGCAUAAGGCUGCUGCUCAGUGAGGAGAGGAUAACGCUGAAGAAGGAGUGUAAACUCCGAGACGCGGAGCGCUUGUGCACACGCUCUCUCCUCUGCCUCUGCAAAGUGCUGUUUCACCCUUGUUUCGUCGCUCGCCGUCUCUGCACCCUCUGGGAGCUUUGGAGAGCACCUGCACUGAGGCGCAAGGCUUUCGCCCACAUUCCAGGGGAUUGCACCAUUAAGACGCACAUCGUUUUUGCCAAGGUCCAGGAUGGUGCUCACUCUGUGUACAGCUGGGCGGCAGAUCCUCUUUGCUCUGAUGCUGCUGCUCUAUUUAGGCUUGGGUGAAGCCUCCUCCAUAGUGAACAUGCGUAGGAUCAUCCAUCCUACAGUACAACAAACACUGGCAGGCAAAGCCGUCCUCCCCUGUGUCUUCACCCUCCGGACCAGCUCCUCCAGCCAGCCUCCCCACCUCCUGUGGACCAGGCUCCCAGCGGGGGGACAGGGUGCUCGUCCUGAGCAGAUUGUACUUUCAGUUAAAGGUGAUGUAAUCAAGGUGAAUAAGGCUUUCAGUGGACGGGUCAUGCUGCCAGGAUACCCUGCCAAUCCCCUGAAUGCUACCAUGGAGAUCUCCAGUCUCCGUACCAACGACUCAGGCACUUACCACUGUCAGGUUGUCAUGGGUAACGACUAUGAGAGAGACACUGUGCCCCUGGUGGUCUCCGGUGUGGUGUUUCACUACCGGGCUCCCAGCGCCCGUUACUCCCUUUCAUUUGCCGACGCGCAGCGGGUCUGCCUGGAAAACUCUGCUCAGAUCGCCUCGCCGGCCCAGCUGUGGGCAGCGUACUAUGACGGCUUUGCCAGCUGUGCAGCCGGCUGGUUGGAUGAUCAGACCGUCCGUUAUUCUGUCCAGCUGCCAGAGCUUGGUUGCUAUGGACACAAGGAGUACUCCGCUGGAGUGAGGAAUUAUGGGAAGAGGGACCCGAAAGAGCUGUUUGAUGUGUACUGUUUUGCAAAAGAACUGGAUGGUGAGGUGUUUCACUCCUCCGUCCCGGGCAGGUUGUCUCUGUCUUCAGCCUCAGACCGCUGCGUGUCCCUCGGGGGUCAGCUGGCCACGGUAGGGCAGCUUUAUCUGGCCUGGAGAGCAGGCCUGGACAGCUGCGCCCCAGGCUGGCUGUCUGAUGGCAGUGUCCGCUACCCGGUGACCUGGCCUCGCCCGGAGUGUGGAGGGAGCCAGCCGGGAGUCUGCACCGUCACACCCAACAGCACUGCUGACAACACCACAGCGUUAUAUGAUGCUUACUGCUACAGAGGUAAAGUGAAGAAUACUGGCUCCAUCUCUCAGAUCUACACCUCCCUGUGGAAGCCCUGGAGCUACCUCACAGGCUCAAGUGAUGCUGACUCCACAGGGACAGACAAGCCCGACCUGACUACACAGCAAACCAUCACUACCAGAGGGUCCUCAGAUGCUUUACCUUCCAACUGGACAGGGUUGGUUGACCUUGAAGAGGAGGCCGCUCUUCACAACGCUGAUGCUUCCACAGACCCCUGGUCUUCAGAGUCCUCAGGGUCCUAUCUGACCCUCCAGCUGAUCCCAGGACAGAGCUCCUUAGACUGGGGAGAGCUGCUGGAGCCUGGACCUGAUUCGGAGGAGUUUCUCCGACCCCCAGUUCACCCAACUCCUGCUGAGAAGAAGGUGAUCUCAAAGAUUGUCAAGUCCAUUUGGAAGCCUUGGAACUACCUGGUGGGGACUGGAGAUGAGGAGGGGACCCGAGCACCAAACGGACAGGCAGGGAAGGAGGACACAGCUACCACAAAGACUGAUCCAUCCAACACAUCAUCACCAGGUUUGCUUUCUUGGGGAAGUUCAUGGUUCAGCAGUCCCCCAGAGGAGAACGCUUCACCAGCCAGUGAAGACUCACCCACUCGUCUGGCAUCUACUUUGGCCGCCUCCGGUAUUCCUACGACUACAGAGAGCACCAAGAGCUGGGAGAGUUCAGAGACGCACACUUUCACCGCCUCCAGCUCUGCACCUGAAAUUACCUCAUCCAGCGGGGAUACCUGGGUCCGUGUUGAAGCAGAGACCACAACCCAGCCGGGUGAGAAGAGGGAGGAGACAGUGACCUCCAGAGCAAGCGGAAGAGGAGGCAGAGGAAGGGGGAAGAAGAACAGAGGGGAGGACAGGAGCAGAGGAGAAGAGAGAGGGAGAGGAGAGGAGAAGGGGAAAGGAGAAGAUGAGGGGAGCGGAGAAAUCACCGGAGCAGAGGCAAAAGGGGAGAUACAAGUCUCACGACGACCGGUUGGAACAAGUAAACCGAGAGAAAGAUCCAGAGAAAGAUCUAGAGAAAGGGGUCACAGGAAAGGACAGUCCACUACGACCACCACGACUGCCACUACCACCGCCAGUCCUCCAGAGCCCACAGUGAUGACCACUCCUGGGUCAGAAAGUGUUGACUUUUCUACGUCCGAAUCCCCGUCCGCUUUACCAGCAGAAACCCCGUCCCCGUCGAUCUCACCAGAGCCAUAUCAAACACUGUCCUCAUCUCCAUCGCCAUCAACCUCACCAUCCCCGUCCGUCUCAGCGUUUAUGUCCUUUUCUCAAUCUUUGCCAUCUCAGUCCCCGUCUCUUUCCUUUUCCUCCUCCCCCUCUCCAUCCACUGAUGCACCAUUGUCGACCUCCCAAACCCCAUCCCUCUCACCCUCGCCAGCAUCACCCUCUUCCCAGUCCCCAACUCAAAUGGUUGGAUCAGGAGACCCAUCUCCAUCUCCUCUCUCAGAGAACCAGGACAGCGCCACCAACCCCCUAACAUCACUUCAUUGGGUCCCAGUGGAGAAAGCGGGUCACAACAGCUCUCUGGAUUAUCCUCCAUUACUGUCAGGGCCCUCGGAUGAGGAGGAGCCUGCUUGGUCUCACUCUGUGGGCUCAGGGGCCCUGUUACCUGGCAACAUGGAUGAGGAGAGCAGCAGAGGAUCAAACAUCAGUACCAUAACUCUGGGCCAAACGAUGGAGGUGGAGCCCUGCGUGACAAACCCGUGUCUGCACGGAGGAAAGUGCCUUCCUCAGGGAACGGGCUACAGCUGCUACUGCCCACAAGGAUACACCGGGGAGAACUGUGAGAUUGAUGUUGACGACUGCCAGUCCGAGCCAUGUGAAAAUGGAGGCACUUGCAUUGACAAGAUCGAUUCAUUCCUCUGCCUCUGCCUGCCCAGCUACGGAGGAGACACAUGUGAGAAAGACAUAGAAGGUUGCGAGCAUGGUUGGAGGAAGUUCCACGGCCACUGCUACAGGUACUUCACCCACAGACACACCUGGGAGGAUGCAGAGAAAGACUGCAGAGAGCACAGUGCCCACCUCAGCAGCGUCAUCUCUGCUACGGAGCAGGAGUUUAUCAAUGGUCUGGGUCAUGACAACGCCUGGAUCGGACUGAAUGACCGCACAGUGGAGGAGGACUUUCAGUGGACUGACGGGAAUGAUCUGGUAUAUGAGAACUGGAGGGAGAGCCAGCCGGAUAACUUCUUCGCAGGCGGCGAGGACUGCGUGGUGACCAUUGCCCAUGAGGAUGGCAAGUGGAACGACGUGCCCUGCAACUACAACCUGCCCUACAUCUGCAAGAAAGGCACAGUGUUGUGUGGGACCCCGCCCACAGUGGAGAACGCCCAUUUAAUAGGCCGCCGGAGGUCACACUAUGACAUCCACUCGGUGGUGCGCUACCAGUGCUCUGAAGGCUUCUACCAACGUCACAUCCCCACCGCUCGCUGCCGGGCUGAUGGGAGCUGGGAGAGACCCAGGAUCAUCUGCACAAAGUCCCGGCGAUCACACCGGUACAGACGCCACCACCACAAUCAGCACCACGAGCGCCGCAGCCACAGGAGACACGGAGGAGAGGGACACAAGGCCAGAGAGGACGCACACAGCUACUACUGAACCAAAUAACACAACGUCUGCGAUGCCUAGGUGCUAACUGUGGCCCAUAAAGAAAGACAGUAGUUCACAUCACUCUCAUUUCCUUUCCUGCUUCUGACCAUGCUCUCUGUUUAGCUGACGAAUAAGGUUUUCUUACUCUAACAUAAAGUAUAUCUCCAUGUCACCGAGUUCGGGUGUUUUGAUGCCUCUUUUUUUGUUUUCACUACACUUCCUUUAACCCGAGGUCCAUGCGAACACUAACUGUAACACUAACUCUUAUUAACAUCCUCCCUCCCUAACGUCUCAGUACAGUGAAUCCUUCACCUGUCUAUGAACUAAAGCCCUCUAGACUGACAGCGGUGUGUGAGCAUGUGUGAGCGUGUGCAUGUAAGAGAGAGACUUACAGAAGUGCUGAGUCACAUUUUUCUUUUUUUUGUAAAAGUUUGCUUGUUCUACAUGAAAAAUGACUCUCAUCCUAGUAUUCUGUUUACAAAGCACAGAUGUGAUGAUGCAAGAUAGCAUUCAGUCCUUGAUAACCCUGAGCUUUUUGUAUGUGUACUGUAGGUGUUACUUUUUUCCAUAGAGUAUAGCUGGUCUGUCUUAAUCUACUGACAUGCUUUUUUUCUGAUAUUUGCUAUGUUUUUGUGUAAUGUUACUAUUUAUUAUGAAUCAUUUGCUAGUGAAUAUGCUUUCUUUUUUUACUUAUACUUCAGAGAGCCGAUGUAACAUCGUUUUUCUAUACCAGUAUAUAAGUCCAACAAUCAAUAACAAAAUUAAUCAUGAUUGCCUCUAAUCUCUGUAUUGUAAGUAUUGUGGUGUUUGUUAUUGGCUGAUCCCUGAUCAAUAGCUGGACCUUGCCCAAUUAAAUAGACUCCCCUGUUCCCAUAAGCACUCUCACCUAAUAAAUAUGUCCCAUUGGCAUAGUUAGUUUGGAUGGGAUUAUACAAUACUUUCGUGAGAUAACCACUUGAUUGUAUCUGAAUUGCUGAAUACUUUCAAUCUUUGCACGGCUAUAUUUACAUGAUGGGUAGAAUGUCACAAUUUUUUUGUCUUUGGUCCCUUUGAUAUUUGAUCGAUCAUCCACUUUUUUGGUGUUCUUAUGACUUUUUGUCCUGCUGUUGUAUUUCAUUCUUAAUAAAGUGAGAAAAAAAUGAA